GUUGACGCCCGCCUGACGUGCUCGCCCGCUCGCCUUGCGACCGCGGCGCGCAAGUCCCGGUGUCCCCGCGGCGGCGGCGGCGGCGGCGGCGGCGGCGGCCCAGGGGCGGCAGCUGCAGCAGCAGCAGCAGCAGCAGCGAGAUGGCGGAGACCGUGGCGGACACCCGGCGGCUGAUCACCAAGCCGCAGAACCUGAACGACGCCUACGGGCCGCCCAGCAACUUCCUGGAGAUCGACGUGAGCAACCCGCAGACCGUGGGGGUCGGCCGGGGCCGCUUCACCACCUACGAGAUCAGGGUCAAGACAAAUCUACCUAUUUUCAAGCUGAAGGAAUCAACUGUUAGAAGAAGAUACAGUGACUUUGAAUGGCUGAGAAGUGAAUUAGAAAGAGAAAGCAAAGUUGUAGUUCCCCCACUUCCUGGGAAAGCAUUUUUGCGUCAGCUUCCUUUUAGAGGAGAUGAUGGAAUAUUUGAUGACAAUUUUAUUGAAGAAAGGAAGCAAGGCCUGGAACAGUUCAUAAAUAAGGUGGCUGGUCAUCCUCUGGCACAGAAUGAACGAUGUCUUCACAUGUUUUUACAAGAUGAAAUAAUAGAUAAAAGCUAUACUCCAUCUAAAAUAAGACAUGCCUGAAAUUUGGCAGGAAAGGGCAAAAACACUUACCUUGAUUUGUAUGCACCAGUGAAGAAGUUGUAACUAACUUUUAGCAUGCUGCACAGAAACUGGUAUAACAUGCCUUCAGUAUACUAACACUCAUAUGCUGUUUUGUUUUGGCAGUUGACAAGAAGUUAAUUUGCUUUAGUGAGAAUCCCUCAUUCCAAACUUUCUCUAGAAAUAGCUCUUCCUUGCUAUUUUGUGGUGCACACUCUAGCCUCACAAACCUGUUACUCCAGUCUAAUCUGCAGUGUCCUAACUAAAGUUACUGUUGUAGUCUUCUCUGCACAGUUGUUGUGUCAUAUUUGCUUCUUCAGUCUGAGUACAGCUAGAAUAUGUCUCUGAUUCCCUUUCUACUAUGUGACGUCACUUGACUGAAAUUAUGUGUAGGAUCUCUACACCAUUGGUUCCCAGUACCCCAGAUGUUAGAUACACACAUGGGUGCAGAAAGUACCCCCUUUCGGACUUUACUACCCUUCACGUGAAAGAUCAAUGAGGGAAAUCUUUAUAUUCUAUAUGAAAACAAAAUCAAAUUUAUAUACUAAAAAUCAUUUGUCUAAAAUUUUAAGUUGUUUUCAAAUAAAAUGCAUUUCUGAUAUGCA